AUGUCCAAAACGUGCCCAGAGCUCCUCAGAGAAGCAGCAAAUUUAAUAGAGGAAGCUCUGAGCAGAACUCCACCAGCAGCCCAACAAAGUGAAGUCCAACCUGUGGCUUCUCCAUCGCGUGGGCCAGCGGCUUUAAGCGGGCUAACACCUGCUCGAGCUGAAGUCCAACCUGUGGCUUCAACAUCGCGCGGGCCAGCGCCUUUAAGCGGGCUGACACCUGCUCGAGCCGAAGUGGCAAGGCUCUUUGCUCCAUAUCACAGUGAUAGGAGAAAUAGGACGAGACGACCAACACAAAUCCAAGUAAUUCGGCGAAGCUAUACACAUACAUUUUUUUGUUUGGCUCACAGCACUGCUGAUAAAGUUCCUAGCUUCCAGCUUAAAACAGCCCUUCUUGCCUCGGGACUAGGCGAACAAAGGGUCGCCAUUACAGGAGAUGACAAUGAUCCUGCUCUUCUAACAAAUAGACUGUUUGAAGUGUUUCCUAAGCUCCAAAAUGCCGGAGGUUUUGAGCUCCUCAAAAUUAAAGGAGCCACACGCAGUCGAAAUCUGACACUUAUUCCAUGUCCCAGCACAGGAUACACCCUUGCUUAUUUAAAAGACCCAUCGACUAAUAUUGGGCAGGAAAGUUCGAGGCCUUUCUCUGGUCCACUCAUCUCAUGUCUCACUUGCCAGAUGGUGGUGCCUUACUCUAAAAUGAAACUUCACCGUGCUUCUUGUAAUGGGACCCCCGUGCAGGAAACGCAUAGAGAAGAGGAGGGGGACUGUGGUCAGGAAAAUGGGAGCGGCACACUCACUGACAGGGAGAAUGUUCCAGUGGGACCUCAAUCAACUUUGGAGAAUGAUGUAGAACCAGAAGUUUUUGAAACUGAGAAGAUUGACGAUGUAGAAGGAAACAAUGACUGGAACAUCAUUAAAGAUCCCUCUCUGGCUGUGCAAGUUUUCAAAGAGAAGCUAUUACAAGAACAUGAAACUGGGAAACCUCUUAAACUAAGAAUGGAUAUGAGGGAUAGUGAGGAGGACAGGGAACGGGCACUUCUCGCCUUCUAUAAACAACAGCAGGAAUGGGCAUGUCCUCUUCAGUGUAUCCUUGAAGGCGAUUCAGCUAUUGGACAAGGAGUGGUGCGGUACUUUCUGACAACAAUAAUAUCCAAACUCCAGUUUGGAUUCCAACUUAAUCUGGGAGGACUGGGCAAAACUCUGCUUUUUGAAGGUCAGCCUGACCACUUGGUUCCAGCUGCCUCAGAAGUACUGAUUGAGAGCAACAUCUUCCAUGUGGCAGGAAGGAUGAUGGGCCAUUCCAUUCUACACGAUGGACCCAGACUAACUGGAUUGAGUCCAGCCGUGGUUCAUGUACUUUUAAAUGGGGACCCUGAAAUGGCCACAAUAGUCAUUGAAGAUUGUCCUGAUCUCCAUAUCAGGAGCAUUAUAACAAUGGCAACUUGA